AUAAAAGCAACCAACCACCCAUCAUGAAAUCAAACAAACCAUCUAAAAGUCAUACGUUAAUUUCUCUUGUUGUCUCCAUUGUCAUCUUCUUCUUUUCUGUCUCUGGUUUUUCCAAGCUCUUCCCAUGGAGUCAUCACCAAUAACAACAACCCACAUAGCCCUUGUCUCGGUCCCUGCUUUCAGCCACCAAGUCUCGAUCCUCGAGUUCGCAAAACGACUCCUCCAUCUCCACGCUGACACCUUCCACGUUACAUGCAUCAUUCCCACACUCUCUUCUUCACCUUCAAAGCACUCCUUCUUCUUCGAUUCCCUCCCUCACAACAUUCACUGCAUCUUCCUCCCCUCGGUCAACUUCCAUGACCUAAACAACAAUGGCGUCUCCGUCGAAAUCCAGACUCAGCUCUCGGCCUCUCGAGCCAUGUCCUCCGUCAGAGAAACCCUAGUUUCACUCUCCAAAACCACUGAUAUCUCUGCUCUCGUUGCCGAUGCCAUGGCCCCGGAGGCUCUGGAGUUUGGUAAGGAACUCAACAUCUUGUCCUACAUAUACUUCCCUUGCUCCACCAUGGUGCUGUCCGUUUGCUUUCAUUCUCAAAACCUCGACGAAGAGGUUUCGUGUGAAUACAAGGAUCACCCUGGUUUGAUACACCUUCCUGGUUGUAUCCCUAUCUCUGGCAGAGAUCUUCCUGACAGCAUGCAAGAUAGAGGAAGUUUGGCAUACAAGCUUUUCCUUCAACGAUGCCAAAGAUACCUUAAUGGUCAUGAUGGUAUAUUGGUGAACAGCUUCAUGGAAUUGGAAGAAGAAGCAACAAAAGCAAUAUCCCAACAUGGUAAUGGUGGUGAUUACCCUCAUGUGUAUUCAGUUGGCCCCAUCACACAAAGUGGUCCUAGUGGUUCAAAAAGUAGGUGUGAGUGUUUAUUGUGGUUGGAUAAACAAGAACCUAAUUCAGUUCUUUACGUGUCUUUUGGGAGUGGUGGCACACUUUCCCAAGAUCAGAUCGAUGAACUUGCAUUAGGGUUGGAGCUGAGUAAGCAGAAGUUUCUGUGGGUGAAUCUGAGAGCACCAAAUGAUAGAGCAAGUGCUACUUAUUUCAGUGAGGGGGGUUUGGUGGAUGAUGAUGAUCCUUUGCAUUUUUUGCCAAAGGGGUUCCUAGAGAGAACGAAGGAGCAGGGUUUGGUGAUGUGUGGGUGGGCCCCACAAGUGGAAGUGCUUGGACACAGGUCGAUUGGUGCAUUUUUGAGUCAUUGUGGUUGGAACUCAGUUUUGGAGAGUGUUGUGCAUGGAGUGCCAAUGAUAGCAUGGCCUUUGUUUGCUGAACAGAGAAGCAAUGCAGCUUUGGUGAGUGAUGGAUUGAAAGUUGCUUUGAGGGCAAAGAUGAAGAAGCCUAGUGUGGUGGUGAAGGAGGACAUUGUUAAGCUCAUAAAAGGUUUGAUGGAGGGUUUGGAGGGUCAAGAAAUCCGUAGGAAAGUCAAGGAACUCAAGAAGCUUGCUAACUCUGCAAUCAUGGAAGAUGGCUCCUCCACAAGGACUAUAGCAAAUUUGGCAAACAAGUGGAAGAAUAAACACACCUGAGAAACUUCUACUUGCUUCUUUGUUUUAUUAUUAUUCCAUGUUAAUCAUUCAGGUUUGUUUCAUUCGGUUCAGUUUAUGCAUUAUUUGAGUUCUACUUUUGGAUAAAUUAGAUCAAAUCAAAUAAAACACGAUACUAUCUAUAUAAAGUUCUAUU